AUGGCCACAACUUCAGAAGCAAUUGUUGGAUUUGAGGAUGCGACGGAAGUGCUGAUCGAAAAACUUAUCUGUGGCUGGAAAGAUUUAGAUGUGGUCUCCCUUGUUGGAAUGCCUGGAAUAGGUAAGACAACUUUAGCAAGGAGAUUAUAUAAUCAUAAUGAUGUUGUCGGUCGCUUUGAUGUUUGUUCAUGGUGCAGUAUUUCUCAAGCAUAUAAUAAGAGAAAGACAUUGCUUGAGUUAUUGGGUAAUUUGGUUCCUCUCAAUGACAUCACAAGGAAUGAUGAUGAACUAGCAGACAAGCUGCGAAAACAUUUGCUAAAAAAGAGGUACCUCAUAGUCAUUGAUGAUUUGUGGACUAUUGAAGCAUGGGAUGACUUAAAGAGAUGCUUUCCAGAUGAUAAAAACAGUAGCAGAAUCAUCUUGACAACUAGACAAGACAAAGUUGCUUCUUAUACUGAAGUUUUUAGUGCUCCUCAUCGUCUUCGUUUAUUCACAGAUGAAGAAAGUUGGUGCUUAUUGCAGAAGAAGGUGUUUGGAGGAGAAAGUUUCCCUCCAGAACUUGAGCGGAUAGGAGAGCAAAUAGCACAGAGUUGCAGAGGGCUUCCACUUGCAAUUAUUUUGGUAGCUGGUGUUCUUGCAAAACUGGACGAGGACGAAGUUCGUUGGGAAGAAGUUGCCUAUAGUUUAAGACGGGCAUGUAUUAGUGCUGGCGAUAAGCAAAAGUACAUGGACAUAAUUGAGUUGAGUUUCAAUCUUUUACCUGAUCAGUUGAAACUAUGUUUUCUCUACUUUGGAGAAUAUUUUGGAAAUGGAGUUAAGGUCCGUAAGUUGAGACAGCGUUGGGUUGCAGAAGAAUUUGCUGUAGCUAAUGGGUUAAAGAGCGCGGAGGAUGUAGCAAAAGACUACAUGAUGGAGUUAAUAGAUAGUAACCUUGUAAUGGUUGUCCGAAGGAGUUUCUCCGGCAAGGUGAAAACAAUCCGCAUGCAUGAUCUAUUACGUGGGUUUUGCUCCAAUACUUGUAUACAUCAAUUGGAUGUAGAGGGGUCAGAUGAUUCAAGUUCCACUCAUCCCCGAAGUGGCUAUGAAAUCCAUCGUCUCGAUUGGUCUGAAACAGGUUCCUCAUGCUCUCAUUCUUUGAUCACUCAUUUACUCCCUUAUGAUAGACUUAACAAGAGAAAUUUAUUGUUUGAUUGCAACUCUAUCCUUUCUCAUGAGUUAUUGACAUUGAGAGUGUUGGAUUUGGUGUGCGUCACAUUAAGAAGUGCGUCCUAUAUUCAAUUCUUGAUUAAUUUAAGAUACUUGGCCCUGAAGGGGAAUUUUGAGGAAGAUCCAUCAUGGUUAUCCAAGCUCAAGAACUUAGAAACAUUGAUACUUAAGGGAUCGCGCAGAUUAAAUCUGUCACAUGCAAUAUGGGGUAUGGUAAGCUUAAAACAUUUGGAAGUGACUGGUAAACCAGCUGUCAUUAUGUGUGAUGUCCCAGAGUUUGAGACGUCCCCCCCUUUAGAGAACUUACAAUGGCUUUCCUUUGCACACUUACCUGGAGGUGAGGAGUUCCAAAAGUUCGUGUCAAAGGUACCCUGUUUAGUAAAGCUGAGGUGCAUGGUUGAUGAGCCAGAAGUUGGUCGGAGAUGCAUUAGGCUUCCAGGUUUACACUCUUUAAAUCAACUUGAAUCACUCAAAGUCUAUUUUCUAAAACGUGGUGCAAAGCGACUUGAAGUGAACUUCCCUAGGAACCUCAAGAAGUUGACGUUGUCAUCAUGUCAAUUACCAUGGACUGAAAUUUCAACCAUAGGAAGAUUGGAAAAUCUGGAGGUGCUCAAGUUGGAUUCUUAUGCUUUUAAGGGAAGGCAAUGGGAUGUCAAAGAUGAGGAGUUCAAGAAACUCAAGCUCUUGAAAUUCUACAGCAUGAAUAUUCCACAAUGGAACUUUUCUGAAAUGUCCUUUCCCAACCUCCAGCUGGUGAUUUUCAGAAAGAGUCUACUGGAAACAUUUCCCCACAACCUUGAAAACUUACCUUUGUUGAAGAUGAUUGAGGUGCGCAAAUGCAACCGCAGUGCAUUGAGAUCUGCUAGGGAGUUUGAGAGAACUCAAAUUGAGGAUUGGGGAAAUCAUGAAUUCAAGCUCAUCAUCAAGUCUAGAGAUGAGGAAUCAAUGAGUGAGGAUGAAGAAGAACUUGGACAGACUUGGCAAGUUGACUCAGAGCUGCGAAUUUUGCAGUUUAUUCAGACCUUCGGGUAUGAAGUUAGGCCUUGGCGGAAUGCAGCUUCAGAUCCUCUAAAGAAGAAGAAUAAACAACAUGAGGUUACUCAGUGA